UUCUAAAAAGAACUUUAUGGCAAGAGAAAUGGUAGGGAGAGCGUUUAAUGGGGUGAAAAAAAAGGGGAGAAAAUUCGUGACCCAAAGUGCUUUUGCUUCUCGAAAACCUACUGUUCAAAGAUAUCCUGCACGGCUACAAUCAAAAUAAGACUUUAAGAAGGAAACUGAAGUCUACUCGUCCAUCUCCGAUUAGUUUUAAAUUUUGUAAAACUUUUGUUAAAAUUAAUGGAGUUAAGAGUACGAGAAAGGAUUUUCAGAUUUCUAAGAAGGCAAUAAGAGCAACUUCUAACUCUAAGCUUAAUCGUAAAGUGAAACAAACUACAUCAAGAAUUAUGAGGAACAAAAUCAACUCUCUUUCACCUCAGAAACGAAAUAUUCUUUCUUUCAUUGCUGGUCAAGCUAUUGAAACAAAUAAGAGAGUUAAGAGACAUAAACAGCUGAACCUUCAGAUGAAGCAGAAAUUUAGAGUUCAAUCACCACCUUCUUCAAACACUAGUAAGCGAAGACAUCAUGAAGAAAUCUUUGAUCCAUCUCCUCCAGUGCUAAAUACUGGUACUCUAAGCCCAAAGUUUAUAACUAAAUUUGAUCAGCUACAUUACAAACUCAAAGACUUGAAAUCAAGCCCUGGGGUGUGUCAAUCCUCAUUCAUGCUUAAUAAGAAAUUAAAAGAGAUUCAUUCUAACAAAGAAGGAAUCCACCCUGAAGGAAAGCUAUUUAAAGUAUUCAAUAACAACUUCAUCAAUGAAGUACGCUUCAAACAAGAGCUUCGGAAGCAUAAACCAUAACUGGAUUUUCUAAAUUUUAA